GUAGCACACGGGGGUUUGGACAGGGGGGGAUCUGAUUUUAGGAGAGUUUGAAGAGCGAAUACAGACAGAGAUAUUAUGCUGCACCGUGGAGAGGCACAGGCACUGGUUGUUGUGGAGCUGAUGGUUAUGCCAAGCUUCGGGAGGUUAUUAGGAGACAUGCUGCCGCUGUAGUUGAUGUUAUAAUAGAAACCAGGCGUUUGCUCUAUGAGAGAGGCUUGUUUUUUGUAUUGAACUGGAUACCGAAGUGAGGAGGGAGAGCGAGCAACAAGUGGAAUCUGGUGUGGAGAGGCUGAGAUUUCUCACCAUCACCAGCUGUUAUGGAAGAGCACAAGGAGCCCAGCAGCGGCAGGGACUCGACCGAGGACGAGAGCAUGUCCCUGUCGCCGAACCUCCCAUCCCCUGCCAUGAUCCUACCCCAUCCGGCCGCGCAGCAGGCCCACAGAACCACGAACUUUUUCAUCGACAACAUCCUCCGGCCGGACUUCGGCUGCAGGAAGGAGCCGAGCUACCGCGAGCGCAGCCAGACGCCGGGCAGGGAGAACGUGAACCCGCUGGGAGCGAGGCCGCCGCACGCCGGCAGCCUCUGCUUGGACUCCAACUGCAGUAGCGACAGCGCCUCCUCCUCGCCCUCCUCGUCCUCCUCCACGUCCUCGUCGCCCGCGUCCAAGCAAAGCUCGUCGAAGCCCGGCGAGGCGGCCAGCAACGGGGCAGGCAGAUACGCGGACAGUCCGUCGUCGAUUAUGGUUAUGAGCGGCAGCAAUGGAGGCUCUCCAGCAGGAAUGAAGGAGAGCCAGCCGCUGAUGUGGCCCGCCUGGGUUUACUGUACGCGCUACUCGGACCGGCCCUCAUCUGGCCCAAGGACACGGAAACUGAAGAAGAAGAAGAACAGCAAGGAGGACAAGCGGCCCAGGACGGCGUUCACGGCUGAGCAGCUGCAGAGACUCAAAACCGAGUUCCAGGCCAACCGGUACAUAACGGAGCAGAGGAGACAGUCCCUCGCCCAGGAACUGAACCUGAACGAGUCCCAGAUCAAAAUCUGGUUCCAGAACAAGAGGGCCAAGAUUAAAAAGGCCAGCGGCUACAAGAACGGCCUAGCGCUGCAGCUUAUGGCGCAGGGACUGUACAACCACUCAACGACCACCGUGCAGGAGGAGAAGGAGGAGAGCGAGUGAGCGCCCCCCGCCCCCGCCGGACACUUCCCUACUCAGGGGCUGGCUGACUCUGGACUCAUGGAGAUAAAGAAAAAAACUGAACUGGAAAUGGGGGGGUAUCGCUAUUUAAAAACACAGAUUUCUGUUUAUGGUAACAGUAUAUGGACAUAAUUAUAUAAAAAAAAAAAAAUUGAACGACCGUUAUUAAAAUUUAUAUAGCCACACAGUUAUCAUGUUGUAUACAUUACUGCAUAUUGGAUUCCAGGCUCAUUUUCAAUCCACCUUUUAUUAUUUUUUUUUAUUUUAAUUUUUAAUUUUUAGGGAUGUUUGACUUUCUAGGUUGUCGUGCUCUCCUCGUCCUUCAUGUCUGCGCCAUAUUUUCCUUCAACAAACCAGUCCGCCGGACUCAGCCAAGCCAAAGAUUUUUACUAUGUUCACAUGUAGUCUGAAAUAAAACAGAAAAAAAGAGCAAGAUAUAAUGGACUAAUUUAGCAUUUUUUAUUAUUGCUUUACUUUUAAUUAUAUUUGAUGUCAUAAAAACAUUUUUUCCUAAUUUUCUCCAACUACAAUCUAAACUUUAACCUCUGCUAUUAUUUAACAACAACCAAUUUCAUUAGGAUUGAUACCUAACACACACACACCGUUGAGGCACAGUUCCUGUUUCCCUGCCUGCCUGGAUACCAUUUCACCCAUUAAACUAUUCUGGUCAUUUACAAGUUUUCCCAUUGCUGCUGCUGCUGCAUUUUCACUCCUUGCUGAGCUUUGACCUGCUUGGUGUUCACCACAGAGGCUUUGUUCUUGUCAUCGUUGGAGUGAAAUAUUUAUCUGUGUGAUACGCUGCUUUUCUUUUUUUUUUUUGGUUCUCGCUUGUUUGGGCCUGCAUGAACCCCUCAGGUAGAGGCUGGCUGUGAACAUGGAGUGUGUGUGUGAGUGGGUGUGCGUGAGUGUGUUUCUAGGCGCCGCACUCUGGAGGGUAUUGGUAUCAGACAAACUUAACUCCUCAAAUAAGAAAACAUCCAAAUGAGACAGAAAAAGACUUCGUCUCCUGUCCGAACAUCUAAAUAUGGUUUAAACCUGAUUUUAAACUUAUUUGUUCAGGUAAAAUUUGAACAAAGACGAUGUAUGAGCUCCAAAGUCACAUUGAAUCAAUGACGGGCCAUGCUCAAAGUGCUGCAUGAAUGAGUAGAGCGUCUGGAGAAAAGGUUGUGAGAAUGCAUAGAUGUCGAUGUAAUUAAGACUCAUUAAGAAUUACUGAUGUAAUUAAAAGAAAAGUUAGGGCUUCUCAAAUAAAAACUAGGUGACCGUUUAUAGAAUAUAUAAAAAAUAACAUAAACACAAGAGCUACUAAUUUAUUUGCCUUCUGUUUUGAAUCUUGUAACAUGUUAUUAUUUUGGGCAUUUUUGUUCUGACUAAAUUUAGUCAGAACAAAAACUUAAAGAAAAUCUACAUUUCAACAUGGCUAGCUUAUUAUGUACAUUAAAACUUGCUUAAUUCUUUGUGGCAUAGACUCCACAAGGCAUCAAAAACAUCUCUUGGAGUGUUUGGUUCGUUUUAUAAUAAUAGCAUCAUGUAGGUGCUGUGAAUUUGUCAGCUACAGUAUGGUGGAUCCAUGUUUUUAUGUUGUUUAUGCCAAAGUCUGACUACCAUGUGAAAACAACAAAGCAGUCGUCAUUUUCCCCAACCUUUCAUUGUCCAAUUUUGGUAUGGCUUUCUGAAUCACCGCCUCAGUUUCCUGUUCUUAGUGUGGUCGUCUGCAGCUGUAGCUCAUCUGCUUUAAGGUUUAACCAGUUGUCCGUUCAGAGAUUGGCAUCCCACAUUCCUUGGUUUAUAAAAUCUUUCAACGACUGUCACAUUUCUAUUCUCUCAAGCAGUCAUCAAAGAAGUCGUUUUCAUUCACAGAGCUGGAU